AUGCCAUCAUUCUACGCAACUGAAAAGUAAUGAUGGCGACUUUAGACACUGUACACAUCGUCGCCGAAAAUAUUGAAAAAUUCUCAUCACUUUUUUAUAAGAUAUUGGCAGAGAGCAAAGACGAAAAUCUAAUAUGUUCACCGCUAAGUGUUUCUGUACUUCUGUCAAUGUUAACUUAUGGAGCACGUGGAGCUACAGGAGAACUAUUGAAAGCAGUACUGCAUUUCACUGAUGAUGAUACGACCAAUAAAAAUAGUUAUCAAACACUCAUUGAUUUCUUCAACGCAAUCGAAACCGUUCAACUCAAACUUGCUAAUCGUAUAUACGUGGGGAACGAUGUAAUCAUUGAACACGAUUAUCAACAACUCACAGAGACUUACUUCCGGUCUACCAUUGGCAAUGUUAAUUUUCAUAAUAAGGAAGAGGCUUGCGCGAUAAUCAACUGUUGGUGUGAAGAAAAAACGAAUAAUCGUAUAAAAAAUGCCAUAAGACCAGAAAAUAUUGCACAUGACAUGAAAAUGGUUAUGGUCAAUGCAAUUUACUUCAAAGGGAAUUGGAAGAAUAAAUUCAAUGCCCUGAACACCACCCCAAAAGCAUUCCACAUUGACAGCACGCAUUCCAAGCGAGUACCGAUGAUGAGAAAAACAGGAAGAUAUAAGUUCAGUAUAAUUUCAGAAAUAAAUGCUAGAUGUAUCGAACUCCCCUACGAGAGUAACAGCGAAAAAAAUGCCAUGAGCAUGUAUGUAUUUCUUCCUGACAAAGCGGAUGGUCUGAAAAUAUUGGAAAAUAAAUUUGAUGAAAUGAACAUCGUGAGAUUGCAUGAUCAAAGGGGUUUCCACACUGAUGUGAAUUUGGAAUUACCUAAAUUUACAAUUCACAGCACUAUGAGUUUGGGUGCAACUCUUGGGGCAAUGGGAUUAUCAGAUAUCUUCAUAAAUGGUGCCAAUUUUCGAGGCAUAUCAACUACUGAAUUAAAAGUCAGUGAAGUAAUUCAGAAAGCAUUCAUCGAAGUCAAUGAAGAAGGCAGUGAAGCUGCAGCUGUUACAUUUACAUCGAUGUGCUUUGGAAGCUCCGCACCGGCACCUCCGCCAAUAAGUUUUGUUGUAGACAGACCAUUUUUUUGUGCUAUCGUUGCCAAAUACACAGGGACAAAACUCUUCUGUACGCGCGUUACCGAUCCCACAAUUUAAAUAUUAUUCCAAUGAAUUAUUCACGGAUGAUCCAUAUCCACCAAACCACAUGUACACAGUUGACUGGUACGUUUGUUUUUUUAAAUUAUCUUAUUAAGAACAUCGUUUGUAAAUGGCCUCAAUAAAAUAAUUAUCCUCGAAAAA